GACUUGGCAUUUCGAACGCGACACAAUUGCAGAGUUUUCCUCGACCUUCUUGUCCCUCAUUUCGCUCUUCUCUUCGAGAAGCCGACUCUCUUCAACCGACCUCCGAAGCCUCUCUGCCCGCGGGGGGAGACUUCUUACCGGCGACGGGGAGUCGUUUUCGCUGCACGCACAUCGCAGUCUUUCUUUGGCUUUGCGACGUCUUCGGAGUCAAAGAAUUCCCUCCCUUUUCCUCGCAACAGAACUCCUGGAAGCGACCUCGGCAAGUUCCUCAAAGGAAUCAGGUCGUGAACUUGUCGUGCCUCCUUUACUUAUGCAUACUUCCUUAUACACGUAUACUUGUUUACAUGCAUAGAUUUAUUUAUAUACGUAUGCACAUACAUAUAUAUUUACGUAUAUUUACAUAUUUACUUAUAUGUAUGCAUAGACAUUGCCAACACAUUUUUGGUGCCUAUAUAAAAAUAUAUACAUAAAUAUAUAUAUAUAUAUAUAUAUUGCUAAUUAGAGUUGCAUGUGCGCGUGUGUUUGAGAACAGCAUUUGUACAGACAUGUGAAAUGAGCGUGCUUGGCCUGAACAGCAGCUGAUCUUUUUUCUGAGGUAAUCGUGUGAAGAUGGGAGACACUCAGGACGCGAAGAGGAAAGGAGGAGAGGGUGCAAGUUCUUCGCCUUCUCCGGGUGCGAAGGAGGCCGAGAGAGUUGACAAAGGAGGUGAAGAAGAAAAGCAGAUGGAUGCGGGAAAGCCUGGGGAGGGUGCCUCGUCCACGGUGUGUGGCGGAAAGGCGAAAGCAGCGACACAGAAGACAUCGAGGAGGAAGAAAAUCGACAGAAACAGUGCAUCGGCAGUGACGUUCAGGCUCGUCCCCGCAUCCUUCGCUGAUCCAGCAGCUCAGCAGUCCAGCGCUCCCCAACGUAUGGCUUUGCAGCGCGUCAUUCCACGAAACGCUCUCAAAAAGAAUAAAUUUCGCGAGGCUCUGCCCACCGACCUCUUGCGUGCUCUUGAUCCUGAGGACUUCGGCAUCCAUGCAAAUCUUGACGAAGACGAGCGGCGAGCCUUGUGCGACCAGAUUUACGGCGACAACGAACAACUCUCGCAGGCAGCACAGGCGGCGCUGACGGCGAAGGCGAAGAGAGAAGAAGCAAGACGAAAGGCUGGCGAGGCGACGCAGCCGACACUUGAGGACCUGGAUGGCGACUGCUACUUCCCCAAGGACGGCUAUGACUACUCUCAACAUCUUGUGUCGCUCGGCGGCGGCGUCCUGAUCGACCAUGUCGAGACGACGGCAGAGAAGCAUGUGAAGGCAAGACGUGCAAAAGAAGAAGGUCCUUUGCGCUCCAGAGACGAGCGUCUCGUUUUGGAGGCGCUGGACAACGCAGACGACUACGAGGAACUCCUCGACGACUUUGUGGCGACUGCGAAAGAGCCUCACCCUGCAGGCAGCGACCAGGACGAAGAAGAUGAAGAGGCGCUUUUGUGGGGAGAAGAGAACUUGAAGAGUGCGAAGUUGUUCGCAAUUCGAGAGCGCCUGGCGGCACUCAGGCUGGAGAACGCAGACGACGGUGGAGAAGAAGACGAAGAGGUUUGUGAGGCCUUCGAAGGAAUGCAGGGAGACGCUGUAGUGCCGGCUUGUCGCGCAGCGCAAAGCAGACAAGACGAAAAGUUCGACAAACUAGUUGAAGAAUACAAUGACGAAUUCAUUGGCGAGGUUGCACCCGAGGAUGUGGACGACGGCGACGAAGAGUUGUACACGAGCGAGCUGGACGACGCCAUGAAUGAAUUUCUUCAGGACCAAGCUCGGCGACGAAAGAUCUGCAUCGAGAGUGCGUCGCGGAAGUACCGCCAAAAGCACCCGGAAGAGAAGAAACGAGAAGACUCCAGCGAAGACGAAAGCCAAGGCAGAGGCCUCGCUGCACAGAGACGACUCGCAAAAACGCGUGACGACGGUGUGCGAAAACCGUAUCGUGAAACUAAAGAAGAGGAACCAGAAGAAGAUGAAACAGAAGAAGAUGAAACAGAAGAAGAGGAACCAGAAGAAGAUGAAACGCAAGACGUGGAAGCGGAAGAAGAAGCUGAAGAAGAAGAGGAAGAUGAAGAUGAAGAUGAAGAGGCUUUGGAGUUGUUUAAGCCACUUGAUGCCUCGGAGGUUCUCCGCAUCAAGGAGCUCGCCACACGCCAGCAAGAAGAAGAAGCCAGCGGCCGAGAUGGAGAAGAGUGCGACUUCUUCAACGUCACCGAUCUGGAGCAGCGCGAGGCAGAGCGACGGUGGGACUGCGAGACGGUGCUCACGACGAAAACUGUCUCCUCGUUUGUGCCGACGCGCAUCUGCCUGCCUCCUCCCCACAUUCUGAAGCAGCAGCUGAGACAUUUGCGCGAGACGAAAGGAGGAGAGAUCCCACCGACUUCCCGGCGUCGCGGCGGCGAGGCGAAGGCAACGGCGAAGAGCCGCUCAGCGUUGUCGCCUGUCAAAGAAGAAGGCGAAAAGCGAGAGACUGCAGACUUCGUGGACUUGGCUGGGGAAGGCUGGAAAGAUGCAUGCAUUGUAACUCUUCGACCAAGAGGCGAGACGACGGAAGAGCGAAAGGAGAGAAAGAAAGCAGUCAAGGAGGCACAACGGAUGGCGCGCGUUGUGAAAAAACAGUACAAACAGUUACACAAAGACGAAGAGAAGAAGUUGGCGGACCGAGCUGCUACGUCGAACGCGUAUGAUGUGAGAGAAGGCGUUCGCUGCGUGCGUCUGUGACGACGAGUUGUUCUUUCUCUUUUUUGCCUCCUGAGCGUUUGCAUCGUCUGCAUCUCGACCGGGCGCCUCGUGCCUUCGAAGGCAAAGCAGAGUCUCUGUUCUUCUCUCUCGCGGCGUUGUGUGUUUCGCCCUGUGCAUGUCUGCUUCUGAAACCUGGCAACCUCUUUUCGCUUUACAUUUCCAUUCACGCAAGCUGGGCAAUGUCCCCUUCCCGUUCAAAAGAGUCCUGUUGCUGAGACGCGGUUGCCUCGCUGCCAAGCAUUCCUUCUUUCCUGGAUUAACUCACACUUCACAGGCUUUUUGCUCUCGCGGUUGAAAGUGACAACCUGCCGUUCUCAGUUCGUUUCUC